AUGGAUAACACCAACAAAGAAAAAAAAAACUAUAUGACUGGCCAAUCCUUCGGAGGGAUUGGAUUCGGUAUACGACGAGAAGUGUUUUUUCUAAAUCUCGAAGACGGAUAUUUCGGCUGCCAAGUCAACGAAUCGACAGACGUUUUACAGUUGUUCGAAUUAUCAAAAUUAUGUGAUGGAACGCCGAACUGCUUCCUCGGUUCCGAUGAAUUAACCAAAGAACUUAAAUGUACAGAUAAUUGUCGGAAAAAAAACGAUCACUGCCAAAAGGAUGGAUGUCAAAACGGUGCUUGCCUAGAUAGCCAGUGUCACUGUAACGAUGGGUACGGAGGGUGUAGCUGCGAAGUGCCAGAUGAAAACGAGUGUAAAUACAGACCAUGCGACGUAUUUGCUCAUUGUACCAAUACCCUUGGCAGUUUCCACUGUACAUGUUUUCCAGGUUAUCAAGGAGAUGGCUUCCAUUGCGAGGAUAUAAAUGAAUGCGACGACCCCGCGAUAGCAGCCAGAUGUGUGGAAAACUCGGAAUGUUGCAAUCUUCCGGCUCAUUUUCUGUGCAAAUGUUUACCUGGAUAUGAAGGAGAUGGAGAAGUUCAGUGUGUUGACAUCGAUGAAUGCCGCAAUCCCAACGCUUGCGGUCCAAAUGCUAUUUGUCAAAAUACUCCCGGAAACUACACCUGUUUAUGUCCGGAAGGUUUCCAUGGAAAUCCAUACAGUGGAUGCAUCGACUUUGACGAAUGCCAACACCCACAUGCUUGUGGACCCGGUUAUGAAGGUGACGCUUAUACGACAGGUUGCGGUGACAUGGACGAAUGCUCAAGAUCCCAGCCUUGCGGCCGCAACGCCCUCUGCUCCAAUCUAGACGGAAGCUUUAAAUGCACCUGCCCACCCGGGUUCAUAGGAAAUCCCUUGACUGAAUGCACAGGUAUUUGUUUGGUCAAUAACACCUGCCCUUGUACAUACAAAACUCCCUUGUAUAUAUACACUACAAAUUUCAACAAGUGA